AGCAGAGAGGGAAAUAAAAAAACAUUAAAAAACUCUGUCUUCAGGGGAUCCCCCCUUCUCUCUCUCACACACAGUAAACCAAGGAAAAUUCUAGGAUUUCUCUGCAAUUCUUCCAAAUAUACUCUCUGAAUCGAGUCUUGCUUUUAGAGGCGGAGCUCAUAAUCCGCCCCACGAUUGCUCUUGUUUUUUGGCUUUCGCAACCGCGCCGGUGUUGGAUGAAUUUGGGUUUCUCCAGCACAUCGUUGUCGGUCUCCGAUCUCGUUCUGUCGCUAGGAUUUGACAAGAAAAAUUUGCUGCUCGUUGGUUGAUGGCGAAGCGAGGUUAUAAGCUGCAAGAAUUCGUUGCCCAUGCAUCGAGUGUGAACUGUUUAAGUAUCGGAAAGAAAUCGUGUAGACUUCUUGUGACCGGAGGAGAAGAUCAUAGGGUCAAUUUGUGGGCGAUUGGGAAACCGAACUCAUUACUGAGCCUGUCUGGUCACACAAGUCCAGUUGAAUGUGUAGCUUUUGAUUCAGCAGAGGUUUUGGUGGUUGCUGGAGCUUCUACUGGUGCAAUAAAGCUGUGGGAUUUGGAAGAAGCAAAGAUUGUUCGCACCCUUACUGGACACAGAAUUAAUUGCACUGCUGUUGAAUUCCAUCCAUUUGGUGAGUUCUUUGCAUCUGGUUCUCUGGAUGCUAAUCUAAAGAUCUGGGACAUCAGAAAGAAGGGAUGCAUUCACACAUACAAGGGCCAUACUCGGGGAAUUAGUACCAUUAGAUUCACUCCUGAUGGACGCUGGGUUGUUUCUGGUGGACUUGAUAAUGUUGUGAAGGUAUGGGAUCUAACAGCUGGAAAGCUUCUACAUGAUUUUACAUUCCAUGAAGGACGAAUUACCUGCAUAGAUUUUCAUCCCCUUGAGUUCCUGCUAGCCACAGGUUCUGCAGACAGGACAGUAAAAUUCUGGGAUCUAGAAACAUUCGAACUGAUUGGAUCUGCAGGACCAGAGGCUACAGGGGUUCGCUCUAUGAUCUUCCAUCCUGAUGGAAGGACCCUGUUUUGUGGACUGGAAGAUGGUUUGAAGGUUUUUUCAUGGGAGCCCAUAAUAUGUCAUGAUGCUGUUGACAUGGGAUGGUCUACACUGGCUGACCUCUGUAUUCAUGAUGGAAAACUCUUGGGCUGCUCACACCAUCGAAAUAGUGUCGGAGUGUGGGUUGCAGAUACUUCGUUCAUUGGGCCAUAUGGAGUUGGGGUCGUACCCCGGUCGCAUAGUCAUAUGGAGCAGAAAUUUGACCUUCAAGAAAACCAUUCUGUACAAAAAUCAGGGAGUAGUAUAAAGUCUAAUGCGGGAGUGCUGAGCAUGCCACAGGAUUAUGACAGCAAAGAGAUAAAGAAUAUAUAUGUGGAUUCAAGUAAUGGCAUUCAGAGGAGUCUACAACGACUUGGAUCAAUCAAUUCUUCAAAGGUGGCACUCCCCCUGGAUUCUGAUGAAAACCGUUACCUGUCAACUCUGAAGAAGAGUCCUCCAGUGGAGGUGAAAGGUAGAACUGGUAGCCAAGUGACUAGUAGACCUUUCACAGUUCCUGUUGUUGUACCUAGAAACAGUCCAAGUGGAGAAAAUGUUACCAAUUCCAGAAGAGAAUCUGUCAUUAGUGAAAGAAGCACCCCUGGUAUGUUACUCAAGCCAUCUCACAUUCGCAGGCUAUCAAAUAGUAAAUGUGAUAUGGAGAGGUUGCCGCUGGAAGUCGAAUCUGAUUAUUGCAGAAGCAAGAAAAGUGGUUUAGAUGAUCCAAACGACCAUUCAAAACUUGUUACAGAAGAUGAAGAUACAGAAACCUGUGAAGUGAAACCCUCAGGUAUCAGGCAUGUAGCAGAGAAGUUUGAAAAGAUUCUAACACCGGAGCCUCCAUUAUCCUCCAAAAACGAAAACUGUGAUGAUGCACUCAGCUAUGACAAAGGAGUAAAUUCUGUGAAGUUUGUUAAUGGAGUGGCUGUUGUACCAGGAAGGACACGUUCUUUGGUUGAGAGAUUUGAAAGGAGAGAGAGGUGUACUAACACUGAUGCUCCAACAACUAGUCCAGCGACUCCGGCCUCUAACAUGAUACCUGAAACUGAUACUCUACCUCCCAGUGUGAAGGGAGAAUCUCGAACCUCUGGAAGGGAGUCUACAUCUGGAAAUGACAAUGAUAUUGCUGAAGCUCUAAUGCUAAAUCAUGAGAUAUUUUUAAGUACACUCAGAUCUCGCCUGACCAAAUUGCAGGUUGUACGGCAUUUUUGGGAAAGGAAGGACAUUAAGGGUGCCAUAAAUGCAAUGAGGAAGUUGCCUGAUCAUUCUGUGCAAGCUGAUGUUACAAGUGCUCUCAUGGAAAAAAUGGAGAGUGUUACAUUGGAUCUCUUCUCUUGUUUGUUACCUGUGCUUACAAGCUUACUGGAUAGCAUGACAGAUAGGCAUACAAGUGUCUCAUUGGAAAUGCUGCUUAAGCUUGUCACCGUAUUUGGGCCAGUAAUCCGCUCAACCCUGUCAGCCUCUCCAUCUGUUGGGGUUGAUAUUCAAGCAGAGCACAGACGGGAAUGUUGCAAGCAGUGCUUUUUGCAGUUGCAGAAGAUCAAGCAAGUUCUUCCUACAGUGACUAGGAGGGGAGGGUUGAUUGCCAAGUGUGCUGAAGAAUUGCAUCUAGUUCUUCAAGAACUGUAACUUCAUCUUGCUAUGCCAACUGAUUCGAACAUGCGGACUGAUAAGAUUGUUCAUCUUAAAUCAUUUAACAGGAUAAACAUAAAAGUCACUCUUUUCCACCCACAGGUAUUAGUUCUUGUGAAUGCUAUAUUUCUUGGUGUUUGUCCGGGAGUUCUGAAAUUUUGACAUUCUGUUUUCAAAUCUCUUCUACUGCCUCCUGUUGUUUCUGGUAACCAAGCAAUACAGCUCAAGAGGUGAAGCUCGAAUCAUUGCCAGUUUCACUCACUGUUGCGCUCAAUGUUUCAUCAUGCGGUGAUUCCCAAAAAUUUUGAUUGCCUGACCGUGAGAUGCAACUCCUGCUAUUAUUCCACUAGGGUUGAUGACAUGUAUCGCGGGCAUUAUUUGUAUGUAAUUGCGUAUGAGUUUUGUAUGUUAUUCAAAAUAGUAAGUUUUGUUAGUCACAGUUGUAAUCUUCAAUUGAAAUUACAUAUUCAAUUUUUUGAACCGCCUCUCUUUU